UCUUAUUCUUUCAAUUCUCUUGUUACUUUCAUCCCAAAAAAAAAAAAGAGAGAAGAAGAUAAUGGCAUCCAGAGAUAUGCUGAUCAUAUUCACGGUCCUCGCCACUACAUUCAUCGGUUUAACAGUAGCUACAGACCAUACAAUAGGUGGUCCUAGUGGUUGGACGGUAGGAGCUAGUCUUCGAAGUUGGGCUGCAGCACAAACAUUUGCUGUCGGAGACAAUCUUGUUUUCUCCUACCCUGCUGCAUUCCACGAUGUAGUUGAAGUCACCAAACCCGAGUUCGAUAGUUGUCAAGCUGUUAAACCGCUUAUAACGUUUGCUAAUGGAAACUCCAUUGUUCCUCUCACCACUCCUGGAAAAAGGUACUUCAUUUGUGGGAUGCCAGGACAUUGUAGCCAAGGGAUGAAACUCGAGGUAAACGUUGUACCAACCGCAGCCGCAACGGCAGCACCAACCGCACCGCUUCCAAACACUGUCCCAUCUCUAAACGCGCCUUCACCUUCUUCUGUUCUACCAAUUCAACCUCUGUUGCCUCUUAACCCCGUCCCCGUUCUCUCUCCAUCUUCUUCUACUCCACUUCCUUCCUCCUCUCUGCCUCUCAUUCCGGCACUUUCACCAGCACUAUCUCCGGCAGCUGCAGCGGGGUCGUCUCUUCCCUUGUUCCCCGGCUCACCAGGUAGCUCUAGCACCACAUCCACCAAAACCGUUGGGACUUUUCCUUCUAGUACAACUGGCACCACGGCUGAUAUUGCUGGCGCGGGCGCUACUCCAGCUGACUCCUCCUCCGCAGCGAAAACACUUGUUUCCGGAUUCUUUGGAUUCAUGGUCGCUAUGAUGCUUCAUUUGUUCUAAGCGUUUAUUCUUAAGUGAAGAGAGAUUUGUUUGCGGAGGGAAAUGUCGUUUGUGUUUAAUUUCUUAUGUUUGUAUAUGAUGAGACCGUGUGUUGUUGUUGCUUUUUUUGGUGCUCUUUUGUGUAUUUAGUAUUUGCCUUGUAAGUAUAUUAUCCGUUUAUUCUCAAAUAUAUUACAUGGUUACAAUCGUA